CUGUCUUGAAGAUCCCUCAUGUAUUAUUUAUAUCCUUAUCCCUUUCGCACUUCUUUCUAGCUCAUCCUGGCCUCACCUCCACGAAAUCAGGAGAAAGAACCGUCCGAAACAGACUCUCUGAACACUAUGGACCACAACAUGGAUAUGGAUGUUGUGGAACUGGUACACGAUCGACGCCUGUUUCCUCUCUUCGUCAUGGCACAUCACCUCGCGCGGCAUGUUCGCCGGCUCUAUGAUCGGAGUCAUCCUCCUCGUCAUGGCCCUCGAGUUCUUCCGCCGACUUGGGAAGGAAUACGACCGUUUCCUCGUGCGUCAGUACCAGCGUACGUACAGCUCGCGUCCUGCUCUCGAACCAGAGUCCACCACGGCUUCUUCCGGUCCCCCAAAGUCGCCUGGUGUUACGGUCAGGGCCAGUAACCCAGCCCAAGCAAGCUUCAGGCCGAACCUGGUGCAGCAGAUGGUCAGGGCUCUGUUGCAUAUGGUUCAGUUUGCGAUUGCGUAUAUUGUCAUGUUGCUGGCUAUGUACUACAAUGGCUAUCUCAUCAUCUGUAUCUUCAUUGGCGCUUUUCUGGGCAACUUUGCGUUCAACUGGGAGAGCAUUCCACUUGGAGGAGGCGAGGGCAGACCUGCAGAGGACGCGACUGUAUGCUGCGGUUGAUGUAGUAGUUGGCGACUAUCAUACUAUGACGAGCGAGAUAGUUUGGUAUACGAAGGCGUUACGGUCCUUAUUGAGUAUGAACAGAUGAUGGAAGAUACAUGCUUGGACGACUAGAUGACCAAUAGAACGCGCGCGUUUUAUCACAUAGUCGAUAUACGCCACCCGGUGCAGCAUGCUUGCGUUAACUCGUCU